ACCCUGCACAGCCUCCGGCGCGGUGGCGCGUUCUUCCGCGUCUUUGAGUCCAAGGAGCGUCGAUUCAACUUCCGUGAGUUGAUGUCUUGGUGACGUUGGGCGGAUGCUAAAACAUGCUCAGUGACGCCAGCCACAUUCAAUGACAGAACGGCGGUGGUGCUGCGUCGGGCGGAUUGGUGUUCUCCGUCGAGGACGUUAACCAAGCGCUGGCCAAGAACUUGCAUGGUCAGGCUGUUGGCGGCAGCAAAGGCUCGGCAAAGCCUAUGCGACAGAGUUCGAUGGAUCAGUUUGUUUCCCAGAAGUCGAUACCUACGGCUCGGUCGGCGCUGGAAGCUUGGCAGCAGUGGUUCGUUGCAGACCCUGCCAUUGGUCUGGUGUGCGCUCUCAAGGACUACACGAAGGAGAUGAUACGUAUGGACAGGAAGAAGUAUUCAGAGCGAUUCACUUUGGCAACUGCGUUCAGCAAAUACCAAACAUUUCAGCAGUUCGAUGCAUCAUAUCAAGGGUUCACGAACUCAUACGCAAAGGUACUACAUGAGGUUUGGCGUAGGAAGCGAUUGAAUAUCAUGUAAAUACAUUUUAAAUUUGCA